AUGAACAAUUUAGGCAAAGAACUGUCGGAUAAAUUUGUGUAUUGUGCCUACUUUUCACGUGUCUUUUAUGGUCCGGGUAUACAGAAAAGCAUCGAAGUUGACGGCGAGCUAUUGUCAACUGUUGAACACUGUAUGUACAGCACAAUGGUUCGAAUGUUUGUUGGAAUGGGAAAGAAAGGAGAAGCAGUCGCUGCGUGCGAGAAGCUGACAGCCAAUCCAAUAGUUGUUCAUGAUGCAAUUUACGGCAAACGUCCUUCCAGUAUCCCAUACCUUAUCGAAGCCUGGCAUCGCAAGUUGUUGUCUCUUUUGAGUGAUGAAGAUCAAAAGCAACUUCAGAAUUGUGAAUUUCCGUUAUCUCCAGCAAAUAUUUUCAAAUUGUAUUACAUGCUUAACGAAUACACCUUGGCAAUGAAAUACUACACGAACGAGACGCAAUCACCCGACUUGAUCGAAAUUAAAAUUUCAUGCUUGCGCUUAGCUGGAAAUGAGUUAGUGGAAAUGGAUAGAGGAAAGGAAGCAUUGUUAUGUUUCGUGGAAUUCCUUAGAAUGCUUCAAACAAAAGAGGGAUUUCUCGACAAGCCUUUUUAUGAUAUUGUGCAAUCCUUGCAAGAUAUUCUUUUUCAAAUGAAUAUUACAUUUUCCGCUUGUUGGGAAUGAUGAUGGCAUGCGAAAGAGGGAAUCUUGAUGGUGCAAUUCAGUGUUAUGAACGAUGCCUUGAGCUGCAUGAAGAUAUGACCCUUGGCCAAGACCUUGCGGCAAGUCUGGCUGACUUUUCUCAAUCAAAAGCGUCAACAGUUGACAUAAAAAACCAAUAUUCCUGCAAACUACAGUGAACCUUGUUCUUUAUUUGGUGCAGAAGCUGUUUAAAAAAACUGCCGAAUUGACACCAUUUGUAGAAUGCUCGUUUGGGUCACUUUUGUUGAAAUUGGAACGUUAUCAUGAAGCUGUUAAACAUUUUGAAAAUGUUAUAAAAAGAGCAGAUCACGAAGCUAUGGAAUGUACGGACGUAGACAAGCCGUUGCUCGACGUUUGCCUUCGUCGUGAAAUUGAAGCUAGCGGCAGUAUUACCAUUCCAGUGAAAGUCCGCGCUUUCUACGAGUUAAUUUUAACGUAUAUGAAAUUGAAUGAAGUGGGAAAAGCCCAAGAAGUUGCGCUCCGAUUGGAGAAUUAUGUUGAACGUUUUCAACGCACUCCAGAGAUUUAUCUGGCUCUGUCUAUUGUAGGAUAUGCCAACAAACUAAUUGAAAACAAAGAAAAAGCCGCGGAGAUAUUUGUUUUGGUAUUGGAGAUCAUCCCUGGACAUUUAUGCAGCACAGUGGUCCGAGCGUUUGUUGAAAUUGGAAAGAAAAGAGAAGCAGUAGCUGCGUGCGAGAAGCUGACAGCCAACCCAGUAGUUGUUCAUCAUGCAAUUUACGAGAAAACGUCCUUCCAUUACCCCACACCUGAUCGAAGUUUGUCAUCGCGAGUUGUUGUCUCUUUUGAAUGAUGAAGACCGAAAGCAACUUCAAAAUUGUGAAUUUCCGUACGUUAUCUUCAGCAAAUAUUUUCAAAUUGUAUUACAUGCUUAACCAAUACACCUUGGCACUGAAAUACUACACGAACGAGACGCAAUCACCCGACUUGAUCGAAAUGAAAAUGUCAUGCUUGCGCUUAGCUGGAAAUGAAUUAGUACAAAUGGACAGAGGAAAUGAAUCAUAUUCAAACUUCAAGCAAUUUCUUGCAAUGCUUCAAACUAAAGAGGGAUUUCUGGACAAGCCCUUUCAUGCUCAAUGCGCAACCCUUGCACGAUAUUCUUUUGCGAAUCAAUAUUACAUCGAAUCAAUAUUACAUUAGCUGCGUGCGAGAAGCUGACAGCCAACCCAGUAGUUGUUUAUGAUGAUGCAAUUCACAGGAAACCUCCUUCCAGUAUCAUAUACCUUAUCGAAACCUGUCAUCGCGAGUUGUUGUUUCUUUUGAGUGAUGAAGACCGAAAGCAAUUUCGGAAUUGUGAAUUUCCGUUAUCUCCAGCAAAUAUUUUCAAAUUGUAUUACAUGCUUAACGAGUACUCCUUGGCACUGAAAUACUACCCGAACGAGACGCAAUCACCCGAUUUGAUCGAAAUGAAAAUGUCAUGUUUGCGCUUAGCUGGAAAUGAGUUAGUGGAAAUGGAUAGGGAAAAUGAAUCAGAUACAUACUUCACGCAAUUUGUUGCAAUGCUUCAAACUAAAGAGGAAUUUUUGAACAAGCCCGUUCAUGCUGAAUGCGCAACCCUUGCAGGAUAUUCCUUUGCAAAUCUAUAUUACAUUUUCCGCUCGUUGGGAGAGAUGAUGGCAUGCGAAAGAGGGAAUCUUGAUGGUGCAAUUCAGUGUUAUGAACGAUGCCUUGAACUGGAUGAAGAUUUUACCCUUGGCCAAGACCUUGUGGCAACCCUGCAUGGCUGA